AGAUUUUUUUCCCCAUAUUUUCAAUCUUUCGGUGUUUUUAUUUUUUUUCACCUUUCCGGUCAUUGAUUGGAGGCCCUAUGUGUUGUUGGAUACCAAAUUUGGAAGUCAAGCUAUUGGAUUCAUGAUUUUUUUGAAUUUCAUCGAGUAUGGAAGUUGGGAAUUGCGGAAAUGAUGGUGUGAAUGCGAGGUCUACCAAAGGAAAAUGUGGAACUCCCAACAAGAGAUGGAAGGCAGAAUUCGAUAAUUUUUUGAUUCCGUUGUUGGUUGAGCAAGCUAACAAAGGGUUGAAAUGUGACAAAUCUUUCAAAAGAGUUGCUUUUGCUCAUGCUGCGUCCGCUAUGAACACCAAAUUUAACACCAAUUUCAUAGUGGAAAACGUUGAGAACCAUUACCAGAUUUUGAAAUCUCGAUAUGUGGAGAUAAAAAAGGCAAGAGACUUGAGUGGGGCGGGAUGGGAUGAUGAACCCAAAAUGAUUAUCCUCAACCUAAUCGUUGCAUUCACCUAUACGGAGAAAAAUGUUGGAGAUGAAGAUAAUGAGAAUGAGAACUCGGAGUCACCCAGUCAAACAAGCUAACAGUGAUGAUGACGGCGCUGGGAAUUUAGCACCUCCGGUUGCAGCGUAGCACCGCAAUGUCAUCGAGCUUGAGGUCCCAACGCACGAAGGGAACCAAAGGCAUUCCAAUGAUAGCUGAUUUGGUGACAGUUGUUGGGGAAAUGACAGCGGCAUUUAGAAACCCUACACAUUGGUCAGAAACACUGUAUUCAAGGGUUAUGGAAAUUGAGGGCUUCAAUGAGCAUUUGCUGGAAGAGGUGGUUAAUUAUCUCCAAGAGAGGGAAACGGAAGCCAGAAGGUUCAUGGUUAAACGGUCAGACAUGAGGGAGGCCUUGGUUAGGGAGUAUCUCGCCAACCUUGAUUGAGUGUUGCUUGCUGCAAGGAAUUCCUGGACCUUGCUUAGCUGAAGGGGUGUUUAGGCAUGGUUGCUAAUUAAUUUUAUUUGCACUGCUUCAUGCAUUAUCUGCUUCCAUAUUAGGUUUGCAUCUUGCACUAGUUGCAUCCCAUGCAUUUGAUCAAACAAUCAUGUUACAUUAUGUUUGCUGAUGACCUAGCAAGCCACUGACUGUUUGGGUACAUGGUUGUAGCAUGUGGCUUCGUUCUAUGGUAUUCUAUCUAAGACACUAUUUAUG